GUCGUUGCUGAGGAGGUUCCUCCGUUUGGCACAUACCGCUAAAUUGGCGUGCAGCCUACUCUCAUGUGCUGAAGCAGGAGACUGCACCGCUUUUUUGAAAUGCCACCGUCUUCUCACCGGAGUUACCCUAGACACAAGGGCUGGGUCGCAUUAUUUCACCUUUUGUGCAGUAUCACAGGUGUAUGGGGCAGUCAGGUUCUGGUUCCUCAGAGGGUGAACGCUGUCCUUGGGAAGAAUAUGACAUUGGAUUGCAGGGUGGAGGUGGGCACAAACCUUACCCUCACACAGAGUUCCUGGGAGCGCCGUCUGCCUUCAGGCUCUGUCACUGUGGCGGUCUACAACCCUAGGUUUGGCAUUUCCAUUCCUCCAGAGUUUAUACAUCGCCUGUAUUUUCGCUCCCCCUCCUCUCAUGAUGCCACCAUUGUACUGGAAAACGUGGGCUUUGCUGAUGUUGGGAUCUAUACUUGUAAGGUUGCUACAUUUCCUCUUGGAAACACGCAGGCCUCCACCACUGUCAAUGUACUAGUGGAGCCGAAGGUCUACGUGUCUGCAGGUUCCACCGCCCUGAUCGAUGGUGGAAAUGACACUGUGGUGGCCACCUGUAUAGCUGAGCGGGCCCGUCCCCCAGCUGAGGUGUCCUGGGAGUCCAACCUUUUUGGUCAGUCAGAGGUGCAGCUGCUUGAUGAAGCCAACGGCACAACCAGCACACAAGUGCGUUACCUCUGGCAGCCCACACGUCACAUCCAGGGGCACACACUCACCUGUGUGGUCCGGCACCCAGCUUUAAACAGUGACUUCAGGAUCCCUUACCAGUUAAAUGUACAGUUUUCUCCUGAUAUCUCAGUGGUGGGCUAUGAUGGAGACUGGUAUGUAGGUCGGGAAAAUGUUCAAAUGGCGUGCAAAGCCAACGCAAACCCAUCAGCUCAUCACUUCAGAUGGAUCAGAUUGGACAGUGAAAUGCCAGAGGGGGUGGAAAUACUGAACAGCACUUUGCUCUUCCUGCGUCCCCUCCAGCGGAAUGACUCUGGAGUUUACAGGUGUGAGGUUGCCAAUGACAUCGGCCUCCGCAGUCGGGAUGUGCGCAUUCUCAUACAAGAUCCUCCCACCAUGCCUUCCACCAUUACUGCUCCCGUCCUAACUGGCUCCGCCUCCUCCACCGUUGUGGAUGAAAAGGGGCAUGUCCUUCUCAGCUCCCCCACACUUGAAGCCCUACCAGAAAGUAAUCUUGGUUCCAUAGUAGGUGGGGCUGUGGGCGGGGCCUUGUUCCUGCUGCUGCUGCUGUGUUUGGUGGGCGUGUUUUACCUACGGAAACAGCAGACCUUCCAUGGGGAUUACUACACCAAGCAGUACCUGGGAAACAACGACCUCCAGAAAGCCCCCACCCAACACGAGCUCCAUCCUACUAAAGCCGGCAGCAGCUCUCACAAACGGGACCAGGAUCGUGAGGAGUGGGGCGACCGCCAUCUCAAACAGGAGCGUGAGCGUCGUCUCCACAACAAUUAUAACGGAGAGGAGUAUCCCGCCAAUGGAUACACGAGGGCAAUGAGGGAGAGUAGUCCUCACAACAACCAUCAGCAGAAUCAGCACCGUGAACACACACAGUAUUCUAGUCCUCGGCAGGCCAGGAACACCAGAUACCCUCGAUCGCCUAAACCUCAGGGAAACGGCUCCCCAUACAUGUCAGAUGACUGCUAUGAUAGCGGCCCUGAAGGCGACUAUGUCUCCCACAGAGAUGGGUCCGUCAUCUCACGUAGGGAGUGGUAUGUUUGAUAAACUACAUGGUCCUGCAGGAGCAGAAAUAUCACAAACAUAGGUUUAUAAAAGUGGGGGAGCAAUUUCUAGUCUGUAAGCACUUGCACACUUUUACUUAUCUCAGUUCAGUAGUUCUUGUGUUUUGUACAAAAGUCUUGGUCAAUACUUGAGAUAUAAUGUUUCUGUUCUUGAUAUGGAGAGACUGUGGACUGCACGGCCACUUUGACUUUAACGUUUUCAUGCCUGGAGAAUUUGGCAUGUCUCUAGUUAUUGUGUGUAAAGCCUAAAGAUCCUGAUGUAUGUACUGUCUCUGCCUUACUACAUGGAAUGCCAAUGUAUUUAUUAUAACUAAUGUCUUAGCUUCAGUUAAGUGGUUGCCCUGAGGAGUGCAGAUCACAUAUUGCUGUUGUACAUAAAGGUUUUGUUGUUUAUUUCUACAAAAUCCACCCUCUCAGAUAUACAAAUCAAGUCUCACAGAUUUGGUCAAAAGACCCCAAAUCUGACUUUUGGGAAUGGUAGAGAACCCAUGACUCAAAAGUAAAUGCAGGAUAAUCAAAUGGCCACAGAUCUUUUUUUUGUAACCAAAACCCAGAUGCAGAGGCACAUAUGCUUAUUCUAAUUUAAACAAAAAAAGAUUAAUCUUGCUUAGAAAUCAGAAUUCUUUCCUUAAUGAAUAAUGAUAAGAAAAAUGAAUCCACUGCCUUUUGCAAAACUUUCUUAUAAACAUCCUCUUAGUUUGUUUUCCAAGACAAUGUCUCUCCUUUGUUUUUCUAUCCCAGUUUAGGACUCUUGUAAGCUUCAGGAUGUGGCCCCUAAUGUUCCACCAGUUUCCUUUAAAACUGACGGCCUAGAGCACAAACCUUAAGAGCAUUUCAACAGUAUGUCCUCAGCUCAUCCUCUAUACAGUAGGGGAAGGGCAGAGAAAGAGCAGGCAGGGAGGCCCACAUGACUGAGGCACAGUCCUCUCCAACAGGCUACGUUAUGAAACAGUCAAGACUUGUUAUGCAAAUGUGCUACAAAUUUCUCCAAGUCUAAAUAAGAUGGAAUAUCAGGGCAUUUGUUUACUUUUUCAGUGGGGGAAAAAAGUUUCAGGUUAGUUGUCCUCUAAUUUACCAGGAUUCUCCAGUUGGCUAGCAGAUUAUAAUGGUUUAGUUGAAAUGUUGCACUCUGGCACCAUACCAGGGCUGUUGGAGGUUCAGGAGGGCUAUCAGCAGGGCCAUUGUUAAAAGCAGGUUACAGUAUGACAGCCACCAUACGCUGGCCUCCUAGUCACAAAGUAUUUUGUUACACAAAGAAAUCAUUCAAAAGUGUGGCCAGUACACGCAUACCACAAACAACCACCGAUGGACUAAUUUCACCACUCUGAGUAAUCCGUAGAAACAAGACAUGACUGUGUCACAAUUACAAUCUGACGCAUUAAUAGGCUUACUGUUGCUUAUCCAUGAUUUCAGCUGCACUCUCUAAUCAUGUGCACCACUUCUUUUAACAUUCAACAUGCAUUAUUACUACCAUUCUAUCAUUCAAGUGUUAUGUAGACAUAUCAGGGCAAUCGUGACAGACAUUAUUGUUGCACUGAUCCUUAAAUCCUGCACUCACAAUUAUCUACUAAGUUGGUAUGAUACAAUUCCCCCCUUGUUUUUACUUGAGAGAGGAUUUCAGGCUAGUUUUAUAAAAGAAAACUGUAGAAAUGUCUAAUCAGCCAUAUUUUGUAGCUAAUCAUGAUGUUAUAACAUUGCAGGACAUACCAAGUACUGUGAUUGAACUGAGGGAAUAGUGAUAGAAUUCUGGAGUUAUUGUGCCCCACUAUUUUAUUUAGAUUAAGUUAUAAUAGACUAGAAGAUGUAUUUCAGUUGUUUCAUGUGAUCAGGUAAAGAAAUAAAUUUGAAGUAUUUCAGCACAGCUUGGACUUCCCCCACAUAUUAACCAGACAGUAUGGACAAGAAACACAAUUUCUUCCAUGCUGGCCAGUAUUUGUGAAUACAUGCCAACUCUAAUACAACAGUCACCUACACAAUAUUUGCAGCCAGAUGCCAAAUAUUAGUUCAACUUGUAUGUAUAAAUAUGAUGACAGUAUUGAUGACUAGCUAAAAGCUUAUAUAUAAAUGGCUAACGUAUCACUGGUUUGUACAGCGUCUUGUAGACUGAAUUAGGAGUGAAAAGAUGCUUUAUGCCACUUUUUUAUGACAUUAAGAAAUGUCAAACUGGGAAUUUGUUAUAUUGUUAUGAGCUCUCAAUAAUUAUUUGUCAGGGUGUGAAUUGUGUGCAGUGAAUUUGCUGCUGUUCUCAUAGUGAGAUAUGAUAAUGUGCCACUGUUGCAUAAAGAGAAUAUGAACCCUUUACUGCAAUCAAUGUUGUUUAAAAAGGUGCGUAACAAUAAUUGUUUUAUGUCCAUAUAAACCUGCUUCACAAUCCUCUUACUAACUUCAGUUCACUCCAUAUCUCUACAAUUCCUCACUUUUAGAACCUGUAUGCUUUCGAUAUGCAGAGGUUUCGAGAUUUCCUUCUGCCACUUUUAUCUCUUGCUUAAAGCAACAUUUCUGUGCAGAUAGAAGUUUCCUGGGUGAAACAUUAAGAAGAAAUAUGUUGCAUAAAGAGAUGCUUGUUCAAAAUUAUUUGGGGGGAAAAAGAUGUUUUCAAAUGUCAUGAGCUCGAGAAACCAAAUUAAUAGAUAAACCAUUUUUUGAAUUGAGAUGCAGGUUGAUAUCUCAGAAAUUAGAUACUGCUUCAUGCAAGCGAGGAUAUUAAUUACUCUGUGAUUUGUGAUGACCCUUUAAUAGAUGUGUCCAUCAUUCAGUAAAAAUGAUUGUGGAAUAAAAGCAAGGUGCUGGGGUUUCAUGUGCUGCUGUUAUGUUGUUGUUCUCAGCCUCUCUGCUCACUUUCACAUGAGUGCAGAGACAAAUGGGAAGCACAGCAGCUAAACUCCUUCUGUUUGCUUCCCUGCCCUAAAAAGGAAACUCGACUAAUCAAUAUCCUAUUUUUGCCCGACACAUCAGUUUAAAGCCCCACUACUGGGUGGAUGCAGUUCUUUUAUACUGUCUGACAUAUUGUUUUAAGCUCAGUCAUCCAUACCUUUAUCUUGGAAAAGUAUUCUUCACUUUGGGUUCAGUUCAACUAGUGCCUUAGAUACCUAGAAGAAUAAAUUAGUGUUUUUUAUUAUUGUUUUAAUAGGGAUGUAAAAACAUAUGCUGUUGCUUUAUGAGAUUUUUUUUUUUUUUUUUUUAAUUUCACUGCAAAUAACGUGCCAUAUUUACUUUCCUGGAAAAUAUCUGACGUAUAUUGUCAAACCUAGAGGCAUUAAAACAGAAAAAGAAAAAGCUUGAAUGAAUUUGGAUGUAAAAUGAGUUCAGUCAUGUCUUCACAGGUGUCUCUGUCAGGGUUAUUUUUUCUUUAUUAUCACUGUUAUUGUCAAUGAAAAGCACCUUGUGUUCAUGUAUGUUUUUUUUGUAUAUACAGAAAAAAAAUGUUUCUAGAGGGAGAAAAAAUAUUUCUGUGAGUGACAACAGUGAGCAUUAUUUUGUCAAUCUUUUUAAGAUCCUUUAGUUUAAUAAAGCACCUU